UGCUGCGGGAGGCGGGUCUCUGUCUGCCUCUCUCCCUCCAUCCCGUGUCUGUCUGGAUCUCUCAGCCAGGCUCCGCAGCCACAUCGCGCAGGGAGCAGCAGGAGCAGAAGCCCCACUAUCCCCCGGACACCAGGCACUACCACCUCCCCUCUCUCUCUCUCUCGAUUUCAAGCUUCCCACUUUUACCCAAGACAUCUGACCUCUGAACCUUGACACCAUGUCAUCUACGGCCACUGACCUCGACAAUAUGGAGGUGCAGCGACAAUACAAAGUGAGCAGUCGAUGGGAGACCUCAGACAGUCAAUGGGAAGAGGAACACAGCACCUCCAAAUUGUUCGAAUCAUCCAGGAUCAAAGCCCUCGCUGAUGAGCGGGAUGCUGUACAGAAGAAGACCUUUACCAAGUGGAUGAAUUCUCACCUGGCGCGGGUGAUGUGUCGGGUCACAGAUCUGUACGUGGACCUGCGUGAUGGCUGCAUACUGACCAAACUGCUGGAGGUUCUGUCGGGAGAGCAGCUGCCCAAGCCGACACGGGGCCGGAUGCGAAUCCAUUCCCUGGAGAAUGUGGACAAGGCUCUACAGUUCCUGAAGGAGCAGCGUGUUCACCUGGAGAAUGUGGGCUCGCACGACAUCGUCGACGGAAACCACCGGCUCACUCUCGGCCUCAUCUGGACCAUUAUCCUCCGUUUCCAGAUUCAGGUAAUUAAAAUCAACACAGAAGACAACCGAGAGACUCGCUCGGCCAAAGACGCUCUCCUGCUGUGGUGUCAGAUGAAGACAGCUGGAUAUCCCGGUGUGAAUGUGCAGAACUUCACCAGCAGCUGGAGUGAUGGGCUUGCAUUUAAUGCUCUCAUCCACAAACACAGGAGUGACCUCAUUGACUUCGACAAACUGCAGAAAUCCAACACGACCUUUAACCUCCAGCAAGCGUUUAAUGUGGCUGAGCAGCAGCUGGGCGUGGCCAAGCUCCUGGACCCCGAAGAUGUGAACAUGGAGAAUCCCGAUGAGAAGUCUAUUGUCACCUAUGUGGUCUCCUAUUACCAUUACUUCUCCAAGAUGAAGGCCCUUGCAGUGGAAGGGAAGAGGAUUGGAAAGGUCCUGGACAAGGUACUGGAGAUUGAACAGAUUAUCUCGAGAUAUGAAACGUUGGCAUCUGAGCUGCUGGAAUGGAUUGAGCAAACCAUCGCUCUGAUCAGCAAUCAACGAUUCGCAAACUCAUUAACUGGUGUUCAACAGCAACUACAAGCCUUCACGAACUACUGCACUGUGGAGAAACCUCUAAAGUUUGAGGAGAAGGGGAAUCUGGAAGUUCUGCUCUUCACCAUCCAGAGUAAACUUCGAGCGAACAACCAAAAGCUGUACGUACCCCGUGAAGGCAAACUGAUCUCUGAUAUCAACAGGGCCUGGGAGAGACUGGAGAAGGCGGAGCAUGAGCGUGAAGUGGCGUUGCGGAACGAGCUCAUUCGGCAGGAGAAGCUCGAGCAGUUGGCACAUCGGUUUGACCACAAGGCCGCCAUGCGGGAGACCUGGCUGAACGAGAACCAGCGGCUCAUCUCCCAGGAUAAUUUUGGUUACGAUCUCCCUGCGGUCGAGGCAGCGAUGAAGAAACACGAGGCGAUUGAGGCGGACGUGUCAUCAUACAAGGAGCGAGUGCAGGUCAUCAACGAGCUGGCUCUGGAGCUGGACUCGGAGAAUUACUAUGACAUCAGGCGCAUCACUGCUCAGAAAGAUAACAUCCUGCGACUGUGGGGCUUCCUGGAGGAGACACUGGCCGCUCGCAGGGCUCGGCUCGAACUCAACCUCUCGCUGCAGAAGACCUUCCAGGAGAUGGUUCACAUGAUUGACUGGAUGGAGGAGAUGCAGGUGAGGAGGGCACUGCGUAUGUCCCCGACCUUUGACCUUGUCCCUCCCCUAUUCUUACCCCAAAUCCUGUCACUCCCCUCCCUGUUUCCCAGUGUCCUGUUUACCGUUCCCGAUGCCUCUCUCUCAUCUCAGACUCAGCCCCUCCCCUCCCAAACUCCACCCUUACACCUAUCGCCCGUCCACUCCCACUUCCUGUUUUCCAAUGUCCUGUUUCCUGACACCUCUCUCCCAUCUCAGUCUCAGCAUCCCCCAUCAAACUCCACCUUACCCUCAUCUCCAAACCACUCCCAUUCACUGUUUUCCAAUGUCCUGUUUCCCAUUCCCUCCCGACUCCCCGACAUCUCUCUCCUAUCCCAAGCUCAUCACCCCUCCCACCCCAAUCUCCACCCUCAGCCCUGCCACCCGUGGGCACAGGUCGUGCAGCUGGUUGAAAGCAAAAAGGAGAGCAUCGACUCCCUGCUGCGCAUCCAGAACUACUCGCUGGAGUGCAAUGAGAUCAAGUCGCAGAUCAGUGAGAAACGGAGGGCCAUCGAGUCCACGCAGUACCUCGGUAACGACCUCGGGGGAGUGAUUGCACUGCAGAGGAAGCUGUCCACCAUGGAGGGAGCCCUGACCGUGAUCGAGCCCAAGCUGAUUGGUCUGCAGCUGGAGGCGGAGAGUUUAGCUGCUACACACCCGGAGCAAGCGAUGGAUAUCCUCAUCCGGUUCGAGGAGAUCAGUGAGGAAUGGGAGCAGCUGAAGCAGGCGCUACAAGGCUGCGAGGAUUCCCUGAGUGUGGCCGGCAGGCUGCAGCAGUUCAUCCAGGAUCUGGACAGCUUCCUGUCGUGGCUGGCCCGUACGCAGGGGGCCACUGUGUCUGAGGAGCUGCCCAACACGCUAGCAGAGGCGGAGGCUCUCCUCAGGAGCCACGAGGCACUGAGGGAGGAGAUCAGCCAACACGAGGAGGACUACCGCAAGAUCCUGGCGGUGAACGAGCUGCUGUCGCUGGGUGAGAUGGAGCUGCCGCUACUCUCCAUCCAGCAGUGGCUGCACAAACUCCAGAACGGCUGGGUCAAGCUGCACCAGGCCUGGCAGGGCCGCCACGAUACGCUGCUGCAGGCUCACAUUUACCAGCUCUUCCUACGCGACGUCAGGCAGGCCGAAGGCUUCCUCAACAGCCAGGAGUCGGUGUUGGCCCAACUCGAAGUGCCCGUGUCGCUGGAGGCAGCGGAGACGGCGAUCAAGAGGCACCGGGAUUUCCUGGUGACUCUGGAGAUUAACCUGCAGAAGAUCAACACGGUGGUGGAGGCAGGAGGGCAGCUGGUGAAGGCUGGCAGCAUCUACCAGGAGAAGAUUGACGAGCAAACCAAGUCCAUCACCAUCAGGAGCCAACAGAAUUACAAGCUGGCUCAUGAUUGGUUGGAGCGCCUGGCUGUCCAAUGGGAGCUACAGCAGUUCCUCCAGAGCUGUCAGGAGUUGGGCGACUGGAUUAAUGAGAAGAUGCUGACAGUCCGGACCACGUCACACGACGAUGUUCAGAAGCUGCACAAAAAAUGGCUGAAGCACCAGGCGUUUAUGGCAGAACUGGCGUUGAACCGGGAAUGGCUGGCUAAGAUUGAGAAGGAGGGGCAACAGCUGAUCAAGGAGAAGCCCGAACUCGCCUUAGAUGUGAGGAAGAAACUGGAGGAGAUUCACGACUGCUGGACCGUUCUGGAAAGCACAACACAGGCCAAGGCGAGGCACCUGUUUGAUGCCAACAAGGCGGAGCUGCUGGUGCAGAGCUAUGGCGAGCUGGACAAGAGGCUUUCCCAACUGGAGGGGCAGCUGCAGGGGGUAGACGGAGCGAGAGACAUUGUCAGCGUCAACUCUCAGCUCCAGAAACUGCAGGUGCUGGAGAAUCAGAUGGAGGGCUGGUACAAGGAGGUCGGUGAGUUACAGGCCCAGGCUGCGACCCUGAACCACGAUGGGGCGGGAAAAGAAGAGGUCACCGAGAAACAGAACGUGGUCGAAGCACGAAUUGUGCGUCUGAUUGAACCAUUGAAACAGCGGCGGAGGGUUCUGCUCGCAUCGAAAGAGGUUCACCAGGUGACGAGGGAUAUGGAGGAUGAGACUCUUUGGAUUCAGGAACGCUUGCCACGGGCAAAAUCCAAGGAUCAUGGGAAUAACCUGCAAACAGUGCAGCUCCUUCAGAAAAAACUGCAGACUCUUCAGCGGGAGAUCCAGGGCCACCAGCCGCGGAUCAGUGAUGUGAUGGAGCGGGCAGGGCACAUCGCCUCCAUCCAGAGCCCGGAGACAGAAGCCGUGCGCCUGAGCCUGGACUGGCUGCGGGAGCUCUGGGCCGAGCUCCAAGAGGAGACGCAGCAACGGCAGCAGAGACUGACAGCGAUGCAGCAGGUCCAGCAGUAUUACUUCGACGCAUCAGAGGUGGAGUCGUGGCUGAGCGAGCAAGAACUGCACAUGAUGACGGACGAGAAAGGAAAGGAUGAACAGAGCUCCCUCCAGAUGUUGAAGAAACACCUCGUUCUCGAGCAGACAAUUGAUGAUUACGCAGAGAACAUCUGUGAGCUCUCGAAGACGUGUAGAAUGUUGUUGGACACGGGCCACCCGGAGAGCGAGCAGAUCAGCAAACAGCAAUCUCAAAUUGACCGCCUGUACGUGAGCCUGAAGGACCUCGCUGAGGAACGGAAAAGCAAGCUGGAGCAAUAUUACUGGCUCUUCCAGUUAAACCGAGAGGUCGAUGAGCUGGAGCAGUGGAUUGCAGAGCGAGAGGUAAUAGCGGCAUCACCAGAACUUGGACAAGACUUCGAACACGUCACUCUGCUGCUGGAGAAGUUCACUGAGUUUGCCCAUGAGACUGGGGUGAUCGGGCAGGAGCGGGUGAACACGGUUAACCAGAUGAUCGAUGAGCUGAUUGACUACGGCCACAUGGACGCAGCUACCAUUGCGGAGUGGAAGGACGGUGUCAGCGAGGCCUGGGCUGACCUGUUGGAACUGAUCGAGACCCGAGCCCAGAUGCUGUCAGCCUCACAGGAGCUGCACAAAUUCUUCAGUGACUGCAAGGAGGUGGCCGGCCACAUCGAGGAGAAACACAAACAGCUUCCGGAAGUUUCCGUCGGCGAUUCCAGCAGCACUUUCACUCUGCAGAGGAUGCUGAGUUCGUUUGAGCAUGACAUUCAGGUCCUGGUUACACAGGUCAGGCAGCUCCAGGAAAAUGCAGCCCAGUUGCGGACAGUGUACGCUGGUGAGAAUGCAGAGGCCAUCCUUGAGCAGGAGCAGGGUGUCAUGCAGGCUUGGAAGGAGCUAUUGAGCAGCUGUGACCAGCGGAAGCUCCAGCUUACCACGACCAGCGACAGAAUCCGCUUCUUCAGCAUGGUCCGUGACUUGGUCACCUGGAUGGACAGCAUCAUCUGUCAGAUCGGGACGGGAGAGAAACCUCGGGAUGUCUCGUCAGUGGAGGUGCUGAUGAAUUACCACCAAGGUCUCCGAGGAGAAAUUGAAGCCAGGCACAAGAAGCUUUCGGCUUGUAUUGAACUGGGCAAAACAUUGCUCACCAGUACCAACCAGUCUUCUGAUGAGAUUAAGGAGAAACUGGACAAGGUGCUGAAGAAACAACAUGAAAUGAUGGAGAAAUGGGAGCAGUAUUGGGAGUGGCUACAACAGAUGCUGGAGGUGCACCAGUUUGCACAGGAGGCGGUGGUGGCAGAAUCGUGGCUGAGUGCCCAGGAGCGUCUGGUCAACAGUAACCAGCUGGGGAACAGUGUGGACGAGGUGGAACAGCUGAUCAAGCGGCACGAGGCCUUCCGCAAGGCGGCAGCAGCCUGGGAGGAGAGGUUCAGCUCAUUGAGGAGGCUCACCACGCUGGAGCGGAUGGAGAGCAGAGCGGCCGUCCAGGGUCAGACGCCACAACAGCAGCCUGCCACUCCCGUGCUGAGUCGCAGAAUGCUGCCGGAGCCGAGGGUCGCUCUGCCCGAACAGUCGGUGGCAGUGCCGGAGACGCGGCCCGUCAAGCAGCAAGCGGUGUACGAGAUCGUCGACGGGCCCCUGGAGACGCGAGCCGAGAGACCCGAGCACCGAGCGGCCAAGCAAGGCACCAGGCAGGAGCUGGCCUCGGCACCGUCCGACCCGAAGGCAGCCAGCUUGCCGAGGCCGGAGAAACCGAACGGGAGGCACGAGCAGGCGAAGGCGGAGCGAAGCGAGGGGGUGAAGCAGGAGCAGUGGAGGGAGCACCGCGAGUCUUUGAGCGAGCACCGGGACUUGGAGCAGGACGAUGCAGGGGCUGCUGGGGACAGGAGGACCACUCUGGCUGACAUUGUGGAGCAACUUCAGGAGAAGGAAGCCCAGGGACGGGACUCGUCACUGUCUGUCGGCCUGCCGAAUGGAAUUGAGAAACUGCCAGAGAGAACCCCUCGGCCGGACAGACCGAGGGCGAGGGACAGACCCAAGCCCAGGAGGAGACCUCGGCAGAAGGACCCGAACCAGCCGAUUGGAGAACCGCGACGGUCCCGCUCCGCACCGUCUCCCCAGAACAGCGCUGCAGCCCCACCGCCGGUCACACACACAGCAGAGCAGGAAGGGAUCCUCGCUCGCAAACAUGAACUGGAGGCUCCCAAUAAAAAAUCAUCCAGCAGGUCCUGGGUUAAUGUAUACUGCGUGGUUAGCAAAGGAGACUUGGGCUUUUAUAAAGAUGCCAAGGGAUAUAAAUCAGGGGUAACCUACAACGGAGAGCCUCUCAUCACCCUGAGCGAGUCGACCUGUGAAAUCGCCAGCAAUUACAAGAAGAAGAAGUUUGUCUUUAAAGUCCGGAUGAACGACGGUAGUGAGUACCUGUUCCAGGCUAAGGACGAGGAGGAGAUGAACAAUUGGAUCAAGACUAUUUCCACAGCCAUCACAGAACAUGCACAAAUCGCUCAGCAAAGUGGUCAGAUGCCUCUUACUACCUCCUCCACUGAUGAAGGCAAUCCUAAACGGGACAGUGACCGAAGAUUCAGUCUCUUUGGAAAGAAGAAGUGAGGGCAAAAAAGACGCCAUUGCCUUUAGGUCGCGCAGAUUGGAUCCUUACAAUCGCUUACAGGGACGGAGUCUCACUUGGUGACGUAGAAAUUGUUUCAUCUUGAACCUGAGCAACUAAUGUUUUUAAUUUGACAAUUUAAACAGGAGUUGGACAAUUGCAGGUGCGUCUUUUGGAUGGGUCUGUGACAAUUUUCUAUUAAAAUCCCGUUCUGCUUUUGGUACACAUUUGUGGAUCCAGCUGGCUGCUGACUGGGACUCUCUGACCUAAGAGUGUGGGAUCUAGUCUUGGUCGGAUGUUUCAGACCCGGUACAUGAUCAGAUUGUUGGCUUUGGGACCAAGUUGUCUCUGAAUGCGCUGGUUCCAAAUGUUCAGCUGCAUUUCGAUUUGAGAAUAAGUGAAUGUGAGAAAUGUCCAAACUAAUUUUCUGUUCAUUAAAGAAAGGGCACUAUCAAAUCUUUUAGUUUUAAUCUUCUUUACAGAUUUGUACCUUCUAAGACUUGACGCUUAUUUGACAUCUCAUUAUGUGUCGAUGGAGAUUUGUGUGUUCUAAUAGAUACUGCUGUUAACUUGAAUCUUAGCCCAGUGUCUGAAAUGUGAAGUAACACAUUCCAAAUAUGGUUUCUGGUGUUGUGACAGCUCAUAUCCCAUCACAGGACAGUCAGAAUUCCUAACAUUUUACCAAAAUGCCUUUGGUCUUCCUGAAAAGCUUCAAGUUGGAAAUACCAUAUUGAGGAGCUCUGGCAGAAUCCAGAAAAUGAAGCUGCCCACUCAUUUCAAGCCACAGAGUUCCUGCUUGUGGAUCGGCGCUGCAACAGGGUUAGUCAAGACUUUAAACUUUUCUUGAAACGUAGAAGGAAAAGUAAGAAAUAUGUGCCUGACAAAGCAGUGGCAUGGCAUCUGAUUACUUGGAAAUUGGAAACAGGCCUCCCAGGGUUUGUGUUGGCAUUUACUGUUUGUAAGUAAUUGGUCCAAUGACAUGUCUUCCUCUUUGCUCACCUUGUGGCGCUACUUAAAUUAGAGGCGGCAGAGAGGAUGAAAAACUAAUCGACCCAAUGUUUGCCCAUGGCCAUUGUAAUGAUUUUAGUUUGGUAGUAAUGGGUAAUAGUGACCUCGGACUCGUCUCCUUCAGUGGGAAAGUAAUUGGGGAAAAUGACUGUGAGCAAGGGGUUAAUUUACUUUUGGUGUGCACCUCGUUGAAGGUGAAAGAGGGAGAAAGAGCUCACAUCCCUGCAGCCUGGCGUUUACUCCAUUUGUGUGGCUCUUUCUGCAGCGUGAGUUCCAUUUGCUAAGUCUGGCCUAAAAAGGGGAGAACCUGCCUCCCGAGAUGUCUUAUCUCGCCCUCCUUGAAGAGAUAGACACCAGUGUCAGCAUUUGGAGCUAGAUUAGAUUAGAUUCCCUACAGUGUGGAAACAAAUCCACACCGACCCUCAACCCACCCAGACCCAUUUCCCU